UGCUUGUGUCAUUUCAUGUUUUGAUGUGCGAUAAAUAUUUUCAUUAAGAAAGUUUAUGAAGAGUAAAAAAGUUUGAUGAACAGUAUGUAAAAUUUCAACAAACACAAAGGGAAAAGAAAUGUCCUCAACGGAAGAACUCAACGAUUCCAUUCGAUUGUACAAUGACCAGCUCGCCCAGGUGGACCUUGCCCUGGCGGCAUCCGACGACGCGGACGAGCGAACAAACCUGGAAAGCCUGAAGCGCGACCUGACCGAACUUCUCAACCUGACCCGCGAAACCCUGGACCAUGAGCAGCAGCAGCAACCUGAGACUAGUGCAACGCCAGCCGAUAACAAUGAUAUCGAUAAGGAAUUCGCCCUUUUCAUGGCGGAGGUGAAAGAGCUGGACGACGGCGGUGGCGCCGCCACCGGCCCAGAUUCCACUAAGCAGGACCUGCAGGAACUGGUUGGGAGUAAGUGUUCCGCCCCGCACACCCACAAAUGGGGCUCCCGGUCACACCACAACGCACUGAUUUGCAGCGUUCAACAGGAUGAUGAUGAUGGCGACGGGGACAACACUACGGUGAAGGUGCUGUUCAUCAACCCGACGCACCAGGAGAUGGUUCCGUGCGCGUACUAUCUGGAGGGGGAGUGCAAGUUUAGCGAUGAAAAGUGUCGCUUCUCGCACGGCCAGUUGGUCGCGUUUCUGGAGCUGAAGGAGUACCGGGAGCCGCGGUUCGAGCUGCUUCGGAGGAGAGGUGCGCGAGUGUUGGCCAAGCAGAAGAGCCGACUGUGGGAGAAGGGAGUGGUGCGGGAGGCGGAUUUCGAGGGGAAGGUGUGCACGGUGAAGCUGGACGAGUCGAAGCGGGAGGUGGAGGUUCCGUUUGAGGAUGUGUUUCCGCUGGAGAGUGGGGAAAGUUGUGAUUCUGACUUGGAGGGGGAUUCCGGGAGUGAGGAAGAAGAUGACGUGGUGGCGAUCCGGCAGGCGGAGAUCAUAUCGAGGAGUUUGCUGAAUCCGGUGCCGUCGCAACGGCUGGGGGACUGGGAGAAGCACACCAAAGGGAUGGGCUCACGAAUUAUGCAAAAGAUGGGAUACGUCGUUGGGGCUGGGCUUGGGUGUCGGGGAGAAGGUAUUGUGGUGCCGAUCGGUGCGCAGGUUCUUCCGCAGGGUCGCUCGUUGGACUAUUGCAUGCAGCUGCGCGAGAAGGCCAACGGGGACGCGGAUUUGUUCAGCGUGGAGAAGAAGUUGAUGCGCGAUAAGAGGAUUCAGGAGAAACGCGAUGCUCAAGAGAGUGCACGGCAGAAGGGUCGCAAGGACGUGUUUAGUUUCAUCAACAGCGAUAUUCUGGGAAAUGACGCGGGACCGUCGAGCUCGAGCUCGACGAAGAAAUCCCAACCGAGCACGACGCUGGAUCUGCCAAAAUUUGCUUCGAAGGACCUCAACAUUGCCAGCUUGAAAUUGGCGGAGCAAACUCGUCGAUUGCAGGCCGAAGUGGAUAAGCUGACACACUCGUUGAAGCGACACCAGCCUGGGACGCAGAUGCACUCCAGCUUGCAGAAGCAGCUGUUUGCAAAGCGAAAGGAAAUUUUGCAAAUGCAAGCCACGGAGGAUUCAAUUUCGAGGGAGCAGCAGCUGCGAUCGGACAAGCGAAAAAUGACAGUAUUUUAA